GAAACCGGAGUGCCCGGAGAAAACACGAAGCAAAGGGAGAAGAUGUAAAAUCCACACAAAUAAUGACAAACAUGGUGCGGGGCUGGCCUACUGAUCUUCGACAACCAAGCCGGCUGCAGUGCUUCGUGGCCGGGGAGCGCUUUCGCUCGAGCCGGGAGCCCCCUGGAACCGCACCGGCGCCACUGUGAUGGAGGCGGUCCCGUCUGAGCAGUCCGUCAUGGCGGUGGACCUAUCCAAGAGCUUCUCUGCUGCGCCCCAGACCAGGAACCACCAAGCACCUCCAUCGGACCUCGCCGCCAAGCCUGAGUGGUACCACAGGGCUGGCUUGGCCAUCGACUCAUCGUAUACAACCGGAAGCUACGACGGGGGAACUGGCAUUGAGCCGAGCUACGUGAGCACCACGCUCCCGCCUGGCAUCGGCCGUGACGGCGCCCUGUGGUGUCCCUCUUUCUAUCAGGCUGACGCCAGCUGCGAAGACGACAGCGACAGUGGAUCCGAUGUCAUCGUCCUGCUGACGGCCGCUGAGGAGCCGCUGCUCUGCGCCUCCUUCGUGGCGGACGGUGCGCAGCUGUCACCCGCACCGUCCUCAGCGGGAUGCUGUCAGGGGGCACAGAAUCUCACCUCGCAGAGCAGCGAGACGUCAUCGGAGGACGAGGAGGAGGAAGUGGAGGAGUCGGAAAGCUCAGCGGACAUCCCACCGCAUCACGCUAGACCCGUUGUGCUCUUGGCGAACCUCAACGCCGACUACGCCGGCAUCAGCCACUUUGACACCACCCGCGUCACCCGUAGCCGCGGCACCCGCUCCAACGCCGACUGCGCCACGCUCUCGCGCACGGACAUGACGAGCGACGACAACGAUGUGGGAGAAUUCCCCAUCGCCCAAACCACCCACGAAAGACCAACAUUUCCUCCAAAAAGACGCCAGGACAAAUCUGUACCAGUUGAAUGUAAGGGCAGCAAGAGAAUCAGGGCAUGCCCUAAACGGGUGUCCCCGGACCCCUGGCCCACUCGUCGCCAUCUUGCAAGAAGCGUAAAGAAAGAUACGGUGGGCGUUUACUAUGAAAGCUGCGACUCUGACGACACCUUUGGGGAUUUGAGCGACGAUGACGCUAGUCAUUGCCACAGCAAAAUCAAAUCGGACGACUCGUGGCACCACCGCCCCGGCAACAAAUCCUACCAGGGUGACGGACGUCCUGCCGCAGAGAAAUCGGGUCACAGUCGCCAACGCCACAAAGUCGGAGAAACAGAUAAUGGUCACCACGGUCUUGCCGCAGACCAGUCGGACAACCAUCACCAGCACCGCACCACGAACACAGCUGACAAUGUUCCACAACACCACGAAAGCCAAUCGGAUAACUCCUGUCAAGGCCACGCCCCAAACAAAUUGAACAACUCUCACCGGCACCGCGCCGCCAAAAAAUCAUCCGGUGCUCAAAUAAGUUCGACAAAGCAAAAGUUGUUAUCUUCGCCCAAAAAAACAGUGAAGAGGCAACGGUGUAGACUUAGAGCGUGGUGUCCACCAUCGUCUCUUUUCUCGCCUCCCGAGCCUCAAAUAAAAUUAAAGUGCACCGCCGAUAAGGAACCAAUGAAGAAGAAGAAAAUGUCGGACACGUUUUGUCCAUUCGUGCGAGUUUGGCAGCACGAAAAUGCGGAGCAGAAUGACGUCACGGUGGUCAAUCAUCAGGACCGGCAGGAUGUCACGUACAAUAAACAACAAAAAACUGCCAGCUCUUCUUCCGGGGUCACCCCCAAGACCUCCUGUUUUCGUCUGGGUCGACUCACCGACGUCGCUACCGGCGCUGAUGCCGCGGAACCACCGUGCUGCCUCUGCGGUCAGGCAGCCAACACCAACGGACUCGGCGACCUUCACGGGCCGUACUUUCCCUCGUCGCAGUCGCUUGCCGAGUUAUCGGACUAUCACGACACUGACAAACCCGCGUUCCCGAACCUGUGGCGCCAUCUUAACGAGCGCUGGGUCCACUCGGACUGCACCGUGUGGAGCAGCCAAGUCUUCCUGGUCCGCGGAAACUUGUAUGGGCUGGAGGAGGCGGAACAGCUGGCGCGCGCCACGAUCUGCUGUUGGUGUCAGCGAUCAGGUGCUAUUAUGGGAUGUUCGCACAAAGGAUGCGCUGGAUAUUUUCACUACACGUGCGCGCUAUCCUCAGGUUGCGUCCUAAACGAGGACAACUUGUCGCUCCGAUGCCCACAACAUCACAUGACUCAGUGUCAACAACAACAACAACAUCAAGGACACACACAGAGGAAAACUUGGCGAGCGGCACGGCGUCACGUCAGGUGACAGGCGAGGGGACCGCUCACGUCACUGACACGCGACUGACGGCGUCACGACCCAACACCGGCGCCCCGGAGAAAUCUCUCGGGGCGGAGCCUUAUCUGACCACGCCCAUCACCCUAUGACAUCAUGAAAGGCCGCCUGCACAUGCGUAUCCGUCAACUAUCGACUCCAAUCUAACAUUAGGGGGACACGUUGAGGAGCUUCACAAAUUUUUAAUGUUCAUCGACAGUGUUUUAGUUGUACUUUUUUUCCCUGUUGCAAAUGUUUUUCUUUAUACUCAAAUGCUUUCAAUCGUGUAAAGCAGAUUGAGUUAGCUUGUAUAUAAAACAAAUUUGCAUCAUUAUUCAGAAGUUCAUUAUUUGUUAUCGAUGCUGUUGUGGCUGUUGGUAGGAUACGCAAUCAACGUAGUCACCAUCCCAUCAUAAACACUUUUUCACAUCUAUUGUGAACACUCAUUACAAUUCACAUUUCCAUUCAUAUUUAACGUUGCUCGGGUUAAAAAUUAUAAAACAUUUUCAGAUAAAACGAAGCAGCACAACCCACAAAAAUUGUCACCUUGGAAACCAAAUGCUCAUCUAUUAAUUUUUAGCGUUUAUUAUUAGGGUUUGAGUUGCACUGGUUGGCUCGGCCAUCAGAGGGCGACCAAACGCUAAAUGUUUGUUUUGGAUCUGUGCAGGAAGUCACCAGGACGACUUCCCGUCUGCACACUUGUGGUCACAGUCGAUUUCAAAAAUAAAACUUACCAAAAAAAAAAAA